GUCAAACGCGGAACUAGGGAGCAAGCGGAGGCCGGCGCGAGGCUGUUGCUCAGCAGGCCCGGCCUGGCUUUGGGCCCCGGGCCUCCCAGCCGAGGACUCUGCGCCUGCGCCCGCCCGGCCCCUAUCCGCUCUCCCGGCGCGGCAGCGGUCCCGGCUACAGCGCGCCGCCUGGGUGUCUGGGCGAUCCAUGGGCAGCAGCGAGGGCCACGAUGACAGAUUACGGCGAGGAGCAGCGCAACGAGCUGGAGGCUCUGGAGUCCAUCUAUCCCGACUCCUUCACAGUAUUAUCAGAAAAUCCACACAGCUUCACCAUUACUGUGACAUCUGAGGCUGGAGAAAAUGAUGAAACUGUCCAGACUACUCUGAAGUUUACAUACAGUGAAAAAUACCCAGAUGAAGCCCCCCUUUAUGAAAUAUUCUCCCAGGAAAAUCUAGAAGAUAAUGAUGUCUCAGGCAUUUUAAAAUUAUUAGCAUUACAGGCAGAAGAAAACCUUGGAAUGGUGAUGAUCUUUACCUUAGUGACAGCUGUGCAAGAAAAAUUAAAUGAAAUAGUAGAUCAAAUAAAAACUAGAAGAGAAGAAGAAAAGAAACAAAAAGAAAAAGAAGCGGAAGAAGCCGAAAAGCAAUUAUUUCAUGGCACUCCUGUUACAAUUGAAAAUUUCUUAAGUUGGAAGGCCAAGUUUGAUGCAGAACUCUUGGAAAUUAAAAAGAAACGAAUGAAAGAAGAAGAACAAGCAGGAAAAAAUAAAUUAAGUGGGAAACAGCUAUUUGAAACAGAUCAUAAUCUUGACACAUCUGAUAUUCAGUUCUUGGAGGAUGCUGGAAACAGUGUGGAGGUAGAUGAGUCGUUGUUCCAGGAAAUGGAUGACUUGGAGCUAGAGGAUGAUGAGGAUGAUCCCGACUACAGUCCUGCUGACCCCGAGAGCGACUUGACCGACUAAUGGACUGUCCUGCCUGCAGAGAGGCAUCACUGCCACAGCAUCUGUGGCUAUGCUGAGAGGGUGUUGAUGUUCCUUUCUUUUUUUCUAAGAAAAAAUAAUUUUCAGGAGAAUAUUCUUCUGAUACCUUUCAUCAUUGAACUUAAUAAACUGACCUUAACAUUUCAAAUA